CAAAUGUCAACGUGCUGAAUGUUUUGCUCUACAGAAUCGCGUCUAUGAUUAAUGUUUGACAACUUUAAACUAUUUGUUUGUAACGACGAGUUUUAGAGAAACUCUUCAAUUAAAGGCUUUAUUAUUUGUGCAAAUUCGUAUUUUCAACCGAAAUGAUAAAGUAUGAAUACGGAAAGCGUAUAAAAAUGAUGAUAAAUAGGGAAAUUACUCUUGAACGAAGAGAAAAUACUCUAAGCAAAUUAAGCUCCAAAUAUCACGAGAGGCUUGAAAACCUGGAGAUACGUCAUUCUAAGCAGAGUGAGAAAUUUGAUAAGUUUCAUAAAAGAAUAAGAGAGGAGAAGCAAAAUUAUGAACGACUGGAAAAAUUGAUUUCGGAUAUGAAAUCACGCAUGCAGGAAGCGGAGAAUGAAGCGCAGCGGUGCGUGGCUGAUACGUUACAACAACGCCAGCAGUUAAUUCAUCAAUUAGAUCAAAUACACUCUUUGAAACUAUCCACGAAUACAUAUAUUAAUUUGAAUGCAUUACCGGCCCGCAUUCAAGGUGUAUUUUUACAAGAGAAGGAAGAUGGUUACAGUUGGCAUCCAUUCUGCGUUGAACCCCUAAGUCAUACGCCGGAGGAGUUACGGAACAUUAUUUGGGGAAACUGCGAAAAUGCUGCAAGUUAUAGUGAGGCGUGGGAGCACUUGGUCUUCAGAUCUGUACGGGCAUUGUUGCAAGAAUUAGUUAGAAGUAGUUAGGCUAAAUUAAGCAUUCAGAAUUUAGGCUAAUAGAUAGUUUUGUCAUAUGAUAAUGUUAAGUUACACAAUAUAAAGAUACACACAAAUGCGUGUAGUAAA